AUUUGCGUGCACAUUACUUGCAGUGUUUUUGUGAGGAGGUCCAGUAGCUAGAGAGAGAAGAGGUAUGGCUUAUGCUGCAGUUGUUUCUCUCAAGCACACAAUCCACCGCCUUCUCAAUUCUUCAAUUGCCUCUGCCACUCUACAAUCUGCACACGUGGAGGUGAAGUCGCUACAGCAGGUUCUCAGAAAACUCGAUGACAGCAUCUGGAGAAGCAAGAGGUUGAACGAAUUGGAUGAAGAAAUCAGAGAGGCAGCACAAAAAUUAGAAGAUUCGCUGGAAUACUACGAAAAAGAUCUGGAGAUGGAGGAGAUGGAGGAAGUGAGGCUAGAAAUAGUUUCUUUCUCCGAAAAUGUGAAGAGGAUGAAGGAAGAGUUCAUCAAAAAAUUAGACACGCCUGAAGAGGAUGAUAGUACAUCAGAUUUUUCGUCAAUUAGGGAUUUCGGAGUAGAGAUGGUUGGAAUCUCCGAUGAGAUUAGUGGCAUUAAGAAAAAGCUGGUUGGAGGUGUGAGGCCAUGCGACUAUGGCAUUUUCUGGAUUGUUGGGAGGGCUGGCAGCGGAAGAACAGUUACUGCGAGGAUCAUCCUUGAAGAGCUGUGCGUAGGCAAAGAUAAAUGUGUGGAUUGUGGCGCGUGGGUGACAAUAGGCCCCAAAUAUCAAUGGAAAGAUAUCAUUUUAGCUAUUCUUCGUCAACUAGGUUAUCCUUCCAAUGAAAUUAAGACUGGACAUCCUGUGAAUCCAGACCAGUCUAUGGGAUUAGGAGAUGAUGAGGAACUACUAGUUGAGCAUUUGUACACGAGAUUGAAGGAUCGGAGAUACAUGAUUGUUUUGGAUGAUGUGUGCGACACAAAUAUUUGGGAGUACUUGAGACGGUCAUUUCCAAAGCAAGAUAAUGGAAGCCUACUCUUGCUCACUACCAGUUUAGAGGAAAUAGCUCUGUUUUCCAACAGUUUCCAUAUUUCUCGUAUGCCUGACUUUGAUGAACAUCCUAUGUGGGACUUUCUUUGCCUGGUUGUUUUUGGAGGGCCAUUUUGCCCGCCACAACUUGAGGAAGCUGGAAAGAAUAUAAUCAAGAAUUGCCAAGGUCUCCGUCUCGUAGUCAUUAAGGUACUUCUCUUCCUUUCCAGCACCAAGAAGACACCAGAGUACUGGAACAACAUAGCAGCUGACAAAGACAAUCCUAUUUUCAUGGUUGCUGAUGAAAUAUCUGAGGUUUGUAGAUUCAAAGACGAUUUUAACAAUUCAGUGCCAGAUGAUGAUCGAAGAGCUGCAACUUUUAAAAUAGUGGCAAAAAUGCUCAACUUCUCAAAUCAUGUGGAAGGGAUUAAGUUGCAAAUGUUCCCAAAAAGGUUACAUCCAAACAUGGAGAUUUUUUCAAUCUUUGGGAUGGCAGGGAUUGGUAAAACUACUCUUGUUAAGAAAAUUUUCGAUGACCCACUAAUUCUGUGCCAUUUUGAUCACCAUGCAUGGAUCACUCUUGGCCCAAAUUAUCAAUCGGAAGAAUUCUUGGUAAAUAUUUUGGCGAGACUAUGCGUUGCUGUUGAUGAAAUGCAUUUAAGAGAAGAUGAGAAACUGGUUAAGGAUUUGUGCACAACAUUAUCCAAUAAGAGAUGCCUCAUUGUGUUGGAUGAUUUAUGGAACAAAGAACCCUUGCAUUACCUGAAAAAUCUAUUGCCCAACAUCAAGGGUGAAAUCUUCGUAACAACAAGGCUAUUUGAAGUAGCAAAAUGUGGAAGAUCUGAUAUUGUUUACAAGAUGCCCUUGCUAGAUGAAGAAGAAAGUUGGCUUCUUUUUUGUCGGAAGGUGUUCUCCAGUGACUUAUGCCCUCUUAGAUUAGAAAAAAUCGGAAAAAAAAUCUGUAAGCACUGCGAAGGUCUUCCUCUUUUAAUCCUCACAGUUGCCGACCUUCUAUCCAGAGCUGAGAUCAGCCUAGAGUUUUGGGAAGAGGCAGCAGAGAAAAAGAACUAUGUAUUCAUGGAGGCUCAAGCUCUAAUGUCAAAUGUGGUAUCUCCGAGCUACAAUUACUUGCCUCAACAUUUAAAAGCCUGCUUUCUUUAUAUGGGAAUUUUCUCUCAAAAUUAUGAGAUCCCAACUUCCAAACUUGUCAGAAUGUGGGCGGCUGAGGGAUUCCUCGAACCAAAUCCAUCCCAAACUUUGAAAGAUUUUGCCAUGGAUUGUUUGGCAGAGCUUGUUGACAAAAGUCUAGUCAUGGUUUGCAAGAAGGGCAUGAAGGUCAAAGUCAAGACUUGCCGCCUUCAUUCUGUCUUUUGGCACCUAUCUAACAGCGAAGCCGUGAGGAGCAAGUCUUUCCUUACACUGAAUGUUGAUGUCCAUAAUUCAGUCGAAAGUCUAGAGGCUUAUCGCAGGUUGUGCAUUCGGAAUGCAGUACUAUUCAGCCUCAAAGAUUUGCAAGAUUCAAUCAUGUCAAUCUUGCGUGUACAUUCUUUGCUCUAUACCGGUCCUCGCCAUCAAUAUCCAGUACCGAUAUCUUACACUUCAAGGUUCCUAAGAGUACUCUAUGCUCUUAUGAUCCGCUUGUAUGAGUUUCCAGUUGAAGUAGUGAAACUAACUCAACUAACCUUUCUUGCACUCACUUGCAACGGGGAAUUGCCAGGUUCCAUAUCCAAACUUCAGAAACUUCAGCAUUUGACUGUCGGUCGGCAUCUGAGCAUCAAGUCACGAGAACAUUCUUCACAUUUGCCAGCAGAAAUUUGGAAUAUGAAGGAAUUAAACCAUCUUCAGAUCGAGGGAGGGCGCUUACAGAAUCCCAGUUCCGACACUAUUUUACCUAAACUCGUGACACUCUUAGAGGUGGAUGCUCAAAGUUGCACCAAGAAGGUCCUCAAGAAAAUCCGAAAUCUGAAGAAGUUAGGAAUUCAAAUCGAAUUGGAACCAGAUGAUGACAAUAGUAAAAGCGUCCGUUGUUUGAAUCGUAUCUCUCGUCUCCGUAGACUAGAGUCACUUAAAUGUGUCGUGUUGAAUCCUGACCUUCCCCCUGAUGCUGUCCCCCCACCCGCUCCUCGUUCGAUGUUUCCAUCAGGUCUUAAAAAACUGAGUCUGAGUGGGCUUGGAUAUCCAUGGAAGUACAUGAGUAUAAUAGGUAAUUUGGAGAAUCUUGAAGUGCUCAAAUUGCAAUGCUACGCCUUUCAAGGGCCAGGAUGGGAAACGAAUUACCGCGACUUUAGGAAUCUGAAAUAUCUUGUGAUUGAAGAUACAGAUCUGGUCUGGUGGAAACUCACAGUACCCAGCUUCCUAAAGCUUGAGCAUAUAAGCAUUAAACACUGCUAUAAUUUUGAAGAGCUCCCUCUCAAUACUGUGUCCUCUGUGAAAAUGAUUGAAGUAGAUGACUGCAACUCUGUGGUUAUGAAAUGGGCAGAGGAAAUGAAAGCGAAGCAUGCAUGGAAUGUUUAUGGUAUGCCAGCUCGUAAAAAUCAAGUCACUUGUUCAUGGGAUGCUGGGAAGAAAUUCAAGUAAAGUAAGAUCAUUUUCACUUUAAUUAGAUUUAACUAGUUACUUAAAGUUAAACUUUCUCCUUUUAUGGUUUUUGGAGAACUGAAUUUAUAUUGUCUUGUAAGUUGUAGUGAUUGGGUUGUUGCAAUUUUGGCAUGUUUUAAUCAAAUUUUCCACAUCGAAUAGUACCAA